ACCCGACCGAGGCUGGCCCUUGGAGAGGAGAGGAGGUAUUUUGCUGGGGGAGAAAUAUGAAGGGCUGGCUUUGGGAGCAUGGAUCCUGGCGGAGGCGGUUAGGUGGAGCAGGUUUUCCUGCAAUUGUAGGGGAGAUUUUCCUGUUGUGUUUCAGCCACGGCUAUCUCAGAGUUGGAGACGCAGUCAGUGCUGCCACAGGAUUACUGGGACGGUGGUAGCUGCUACUGCCUGUCCCAGCUGGGCUGCUGGUGCUUUCCAAGAGGGUCCUUGUCUCUGCAGCAAUGUUUCAUCCAGAAGAUGUAGGGCAGGAUCCAGUGAUAGCUGAUCAGCUUCCCUGGAUUUCGCUGACGCCACAGGAAAGCUUUGCCUGAAGAUGGAAACACUGGAGUCAGAACUGACCUGCCCUAUCUGUCUGGAGCUGUUUGAAGACCCACUGCUGCUGCCUUGCGCUCACAGCCUCUGCUUCAACUGCGCACACCGCAUCCUGGUCUCCCACUGCGCCACCAACGAGCCGGUGGAGUCUAUCACUGCCUUCCAGUGCCCAACCUGCCGCUAUGUCAUCACCCUCAGCCAGCGUGGUCUAGACGGGCUCAAGCGCAACGUCACCCUGCAGAACAUCAUUGACAGGUUUCAGAAAGCCUCGGUCAGCGGGCCCAAUUCCCCCAGUGAGACCCGCCGGGAGCGGGCAUUUGAUAGCAACAGCAUGUCGACUUGCGAGAAGGUCCUCUGCCAGUUCUGCGAUCAGGACCCUGCCCAGGAGGCAGUGAAAACCUGCGUUACCUGCGAGGUGUCCUACUGUGAGGAGUGCCUGAAAGCCACUCACCCCAACAAAAAGCCGUUCACCGGUCACCGUCUCAUCGAGCCCAUCCCAGACUCUCACAUCAGGGGAUUAAUGUGCUUGGAGCAUGAGGACGAGAAAGUUAACAUGUACUGCGUGACCGAUGACCAGUUAAUCUGUGCCUUGUGUAAACUGGUUGGGCGACACCGUGACCAUCAGGUGGCAGCUUUAAGUGACCGCUAUGACAAGCUAAAGCAAAAUUUGGAGAGUAACCUCACCAACCUUAUUAAGAGGAACACAGAACUGGAAACUCUUUUGGCAAAACUCAUUCAGACCUGUCAACAUGUAGAAGUAAAUGCAUCCCGCCAAGAAACCAAGUUGAUGGAAGAAUGUGACCAGCUCAUUGAAAUAAUCCAGCAAAGGCGACAAAUAAUUGGAACCAAAAUCAAGGAAGGAAAGGUGGUGAGGUUGAGAAAACUGGCUCAGCAGAUUGCGAACUGCAAACAGUGCAUUGAGCGCUCGACAUCCCUCAUCUCUCAGGCUGAACAGUCACUGAAGGAGAAUGAUCAUGCUCGCUUCCUGCAAACUGCUAAAAAUAUCACUGAAAGGGUUUCCAUGGCAACUGCAUCCUCCCAGGUUCUAAUUCCUGAAAUUAAUCUCAACGACACUUUCGAUACCUUCGCACUUGAUUUUACCAGGGAGAAGAAAUUGUUGGAAUGCCUUGAUUAUCUUACAGCUCCCAACCCACCCACAAUUCGAGAAGAGCUCUGUACAGCUUCUUAUGAUACUAUUACUGUCCACUGGACAUCAGAUGAUGAGUUCAGCGUGGUCUCUUAUGAGCUGCAGUACACCAUCUUCACUGGACAAGCUAAUGUUGUUAGUUUAUGCAACUCAGCCGACAGCUGGAUGAUUGUUCCCAAUAUCAAACAAAACCACUACACUGUGCAUGGGUUACAGAGUGGCACUAAGUACAUCUUCAUUGUUAAGGCCAUUAAUCAGGCAGGCAGCAGAAGCAGCGAGCCCGGCAAGCUCAAGACAAACAGUCAGCCAUUUAAACUGGACCCCAAAUCGGCUCAUAGAAAACUGAAGGUGUCUCAUGAUAAUUUGACAGUGGAACGUGAUGAAACAUCCUCCAAAAAGAGUCACACACCAGAGCGAUUCACGAGCCAAGGGAGCUAUGGAGUAGCUGGCAAUGUGUUCAUUGACAGCGGACGGCAUUACUGGGAAGUGGUUAUAAGUGGGAGUACAUGGUAUGCCAUUGGUAUUUCCUACAAGUCAGCACCAAAGCAUGAGUGGAUCGGGAAGAAUUCUGCCUCCUGGGUGCUUUGCCGCUGCAAUAACACAUGGGUGGUACGGCACAACAGCAAAGAAAUCCCCAUCGAACCUGCACCUCACCUCCGGCGGGUUGGGAUUUUGCUGGACUAUGACAAUGGUUCCCUUGCUUUUUAUGAUGCUUUGAACUCCCUACACCUUUACACUUUUGACAUUACGUUUGGGCAACCAGUAUGCCCCACAUUUACUGUGUGGAACAAAUGUUUGACCAUUAUAACUGGCUUGCCUAUCCCUGACCACCUAGACUCCUCUGAGCAGCUUGCAUGACUGCUAAAAGCCAAAUGAUAGGAUGAUGUAUCUUCCCAGGGUGGCCAGACAGCUGCAGGAGCUUGCCUGGAGCUGACAGACCAUGGUGGCCUCCUGCCGCCACUGCCAAAUCAGGCCAGAACUGAAAAAGGAAGAAUAUCUCUUUACUGUGUACUUUGUAUGGAAGGAUAAGGAGUGGAUUUAAUCUUAGAACUUUCUUUUGAAGUUGGUUUUGUUUGGUUUGUUUUGUAUUUAGUCUCUUACAGGAAGAUUUAUAAAUUAUUUAUAAAAAAAAAAAAAAAAAAAGAGAAGAGAGGCAAGGGAAAGCCUGGCUUGGACACCUGGAAAAUGGCUCAUUUGUUUUGCACAUUGAUGGUCCUGUUGAUUGAAGUUUCAUCGGCCCUUUACAUCCUUUUAUUUUACAGUGGAUAAAAGCAAGAAAUUGGAAGGAUUAAAACUGUGCAGUGGACAAGUCAGUAUGCUGCAGGUUUUACUCAUGUCAAUAUUAUCUCUCUCAUUACCAGUCUUAUUGAGUGCAAGAUCUAAGUUUCUGAUUUGCACAUGGGAGUGUGCAGACCAAAAAGAAGAACAACAACAACAAAAAAAGAAAACCAGUGAGGAAAUGGAGCUAGACAGCACAGCGAAAGAAUAAUUUACUUCUGUUCACAGGGCAGUGCUCUCUCUGUUCAUAUAAAACAUGUGGAAUAUCUCCUAGAAAUGUGAGUGGAUAAAUCAUAUCGUGAUUUAUUUCAUUGAUGGCAACAUUCCCAUCUACCAGUGGUUCGUUUUCGUUUUUAGGAAACAUUGUGGAAUUGCUGAGGAUGUGAAAGACUGAUACCAUCUCUGAGAAUUAGCAACACUGGAGGAGAGCAGCCAAUCCAAGGUCUGACUGUAGACUAAUUUGAUAAAGCACAGCAUCAUUUAAGGAUUGAUUGUAAUAGAAGAUGUCACAGUUCUGAUGGUAGACAUGUGAAUGCUUAUUGCUGAUUUUACAAGGUUCAACAUAGCAAGCCCAGCCAACAACUCGGAAGUGAGACAUGCACCACUUUUCCAUUGAUUUUAAAUUAAACACAAAUGUUUCAUUGUCGCACAUUAUGUAGUCUCUAUAACAAAGCAAGGAAAUCUGUUCUGCAUGUGCUGUAUGGAGAAACACUGCAGCUGGAGUUUGCUCACAGUUACCAUUGUCCUGAGUUGUUUGAGAAAGCAUGGGUCUCUUUGUGAAUGAGGAGUAAAAAACAAGUUUUCAGCAGCAAUAGGAAUCUGCAUGGGCAGGCCCUAUAUUCAUCUCGGUGUUGGCGGAGAACUUCAAUGGAGGCAAUAGAAGUUGUACCUACUUUAUCUCAAAGAUGAAUCAGAUGCUUUUUUUUCUCUUCUACAGAAUAGGAGCCCUUUGUAAUUACUACAAUGCUUAUGUAUAAAUUAUCAUUUUUUGAUAAUUUUUGGGAGAUGCUUGAGGCAUAUGACAACUUCAAAAGAAUGGUUUUCCUACAGUAUUUUGUUGUUUCUAUGCAAGUGGUUAAAAUUCUGCCAGUAUAGAAAAAGGAUAAAUUGAAUAUCAGCUUUAAGAAAAGAUUUGCUCAGUAAUUUAUAACCAUGCUUUAGGUGUCUUUUAAAAAGGAUGCCUUAAUGCACUUUGUUCACUAAUGAGUCCAAGAUAAAAUGGUCCCAAGCCCAGCUUCAAAUUUUUUAAAUACUAAUUCUCCAGGUACAAAGCUGUACUACAGUUUGCCUUAUAAUGAUAUGGAAAACUUAAGAGCAAGACAAAGAAUACAUAAUGCCUAUUUGUUGUUUUUUUUUCCUUUCUUUAAUAGAAAAUAAAUGCCUAGCUGUGCUCCUUUAUUUUCCCUUUACAUGUCCUGAUAAUUGCUGAAUUAAAUGGAGAAAAGUCUGGCAUAAAUUUGCUGGUACCGUGGCUUUCAGCUGGGGCAGCAUCCCAGUGUUCACAGGUUGGAGCCACUGAUCUUUCCUGAGUUGACAUACUCAUAAGGGAAUUAUGUAUACGUAUAGCAAACUGCAGCGUUUAUCAUAGCAUCUUUAGUAAGCAAGAAAGGUAUAUCCACAAAAUGAAAAAUGAAUAAAUCCCCAAACAUUAUUUUUUAUAAUUGAGCACAAUGUUACCGAUACAAUCUGAUGUACAUAGCCCAGAUGAUCUGGCCUGGGAAUUUUGGGAGGUAGCUGUGGUGGCGUGAAAUAAUUAUAAUGAGUUGACAGGCGACAACUGAUACAAAGCAGUGAUAAAAAGAUGCAGGCAGAAGGGAGUUUUUAUCUAGGAUUAUUGCCAAAUUUCUGCCUAAAAGGAAAGGGUGUAUUACCAAAGUACAUGUAGCAAGGCUGUAUGUGUUCUUUUUUUGCCAGAAAUAUUAAAUCUAGAAACUGAUUUCAGUAGUGGACAAACUGAAAACACUAAUCAACAUUUGGCCAUACAAUGUUGGCAGAGACUGAGCAGGAUGGAGGUAAUACCAUGAAUUUGGAAAGAUCCAAAAUGAUCUCACAUAUUUUCAUUGUAAAGAUAGACCGUGAGUCUAAAGACAGAUCAUGGUUUUAGCAAGAGGAAAAAGAGUGGUCUGUUAUCUAUAGGCCUUGUAUCCUUUUUAUUUUACCACAGAAUACUCAUUUGGGGCUAAGCUACAUUUCUCCAGUGGACUAUUAAGCCAGUCAGUGCUCUUUGUGCAUAUAUGUUUGUGUAUAUGUGUACACAUAUGUCUGGGUGCACACACACCAGUAUACGCACAAAUAUAGUGUGUAAUUUGUGGAUAUGAUACAUACAUAUAUACACAUACAAACUGACAGUAAUUAGUCAGGUUUGGUUUUUUUGCUUGUUUCUUGAACAGUUUCACAUUCUGUAUGACUACAAGGAAACAAGUUUGCCAUGAACGGUAUUCUGGACAUUUUUUAACAAGCAAAACCUGUUUAUUUUACUUGAUUCAAUGCCUGAUUAAUAAAUAAAAACAUCCGUUUGAAAAUAUA